CAGACCGGAUGUGCUCUUCUUGUUCUUGCCGCGGCCAACAUGGCGACUGACGCAGAUGAGGGUCAUUAUUUUGUGAGAGAAAUUGAGAAAAACGACGGUUGUACCUUAAAAGUGAAGCAGUGCUAUUUAGGAGACGUCGGCUGUGUUGUUUGGGAUGCAGCUAUCGUUCUUGCGAAAUAUUUAGAGACGAAACAAUUUUAUGAUCCGUCCUCAGGAGUGAACGUCUGGGCUGGCAAGAGUGUAGUGGAGUUAGGAGCUGGGACAGGAGUUGUUGGUCUGAUGGCAGCAACACUGGGAGCGCAAGUUACUGUGACUGACCUGGAGGAUUUGCAGACCCUCCUAAGGGCGAACAUCCUGGAAAACCAGGCACUUAUCAGUAGUGGAUCAAUUACUGUCAAGGUACUGAAAUGGGGUGAAGAUGUGUCUGAGUUCCUGCCUCCCCCACAUUAUGUCCUUAUGGCAGAUUGCAUCUAUUAUGAGCAGUCUAUUGUUCCACUGGUGGAGAGCUUGAAGCUGCUCUCUGGACCAGAGACCUGCAUUAUUUGCUGCUAUGAGCAACGCACAGAGGGCAUCAACCCAAAAGUGGAAAGGCAGUUUUUUGAGUUGCUGCAACAAAACUUCAGCUGUGAGGAGAUCCCUUCAGAUAAGCAAGACCCAGAGUUUAGUAGUCCAGACAUCCACAUCCUGCACAUCCGAAGAAAAGUCUCUGAGUUUGUGUGGUGAAAGUUGUGCGUACAAUAAUCAGUGCUCCACCCUACUACAUGAAAAUCUGGUUGUGAAAUUGAAAAUUUGAAGUCUGUACUGGCAUGUGUGGAAUAGUCAAUGUGUCUUCAUUCUUGCACUCUUUUAAACAUUUUUUUUAAGAAAUAUAUUUUCUGAUAUAUCACUAAACACUGUCCUGAUGCAAUUUUUUUCAUACACUAUAAACUAAGUUUAGAUAAUA